AUGGAGCCUUUACUCUUUACUCUUUUACAUAUGGUAAUGGCCAUAAUCAAUUUUUCCAGAGGUAAUGGGACUACAUGUUUGUUGCAAGGAGAACCUACAUAUCCACAGAUAUGGAAGGAUGGUGAUAUCAUUGUUGGAGCAGCUUUCCCUUUUCAUAGUAAUUGGGAGAUCUCAGACAUGUCUUAUUUAGUCAUGCCACAACAAAUGAAGUGUGUGAGUCUUGAUUUCAGAGCCUUUCAGUAUUCACAAUCCCUGAUCUUUGCCAUUGAAGAGAUCAACAACAGUUCCUCUUUGUUACCGGGGAUAUCAUUGGGUUACAAGAUCUAUGACACCUGCAGUUCAGCAGGAUUGGGGGUUAAAGUAGCCAUGGCACUUAUUAAUGGAAAUGAAAACUCAGUCUUGGAUGAGCAAUGCACAAACCCAGCCCAGGUGCAGGCCAUAAUAGGAGAGACAUACUCUUCAGUGUCCAUGGCUAUUGCAAAGAGUAUAGGCCCUUUCAGCAUUCCCUUAAUCAGUCAUUACUCUACCUGCGAGUGUCUCAGUGACAAAAAGAAAUAUCCCUCAUUUCUACGCACUAUUCCUAGUGAUUACCACCAGACAAGAGCCUUGGCAGAGAUGGUCAAGCACUUUGGCUGGACCUGGGUGGGAGCAAUAAGAAGAGACGAUGAUUAUGGUAACAAUGGAAUGGCUGCAUUUACAGAUGCUGCAGAACAGUUGGGCAUCUGCUUAGAAUACUCUCUUCCAUAUUUUAGAACGUACUCAGAUGAAAAAGUGUUGAAAAUCAUUCAGCAAAUCAAAAGCUCCACAUCUCGAGUGAUUGUUGCAUUUCUUGCUCACUGGGACUUAGAAAUCUUGCUCCAAGUCUUUUUUCAGCACAACAUCACUGGAUACCAGUGGGUGGGAACUGAGGGCUGGAUUUCUGAUUCAGAACUAGCCGCAAAAGAUAAACACCAUAUACUGAAAGGAGCCAUAGGAUUAGCUAUCCCUAAAACAACAGUAACAGGUCUAAAGGACUUCAUUCUAGAUAUUAAACCCCUAAAAUCUGUGGGGAGUGACAUUUUUACAAAAUUCUGGGAAGCAUUAUUUAAGUGUAAAUAUGCAAUGCAAAACGAUACAAUGGACUCUCCAUUGUGUACGGGUGAUGAGAAACUCUCCGAGAUGGAAAACACCUUCACUGACAUGUCCCUGAUGCCUAUUUUCAGUAAUGUGUAUAAAGCAGUAUAUGCGAUUGCCCAUACACUACAUGAACUUCUUGGCUGCAACAAAACAUGUCCAACAAAGAAGCAGCCUGAUCCUUUCACAUUUCUAGAAAAUCUGAAGAAAAUACAUUUUAAAACCAAAGAGGGGGAAGAAGUGUUUUUUGACAAAAAUGGUGACCCUGCAGCAAAGUAUGAUAUAAUAAACUGGCAUGUAAAUGUAGAAUAUAAAUUUGUUACUGUUGGACUUUAUGACUCAUCCAUAAUGGGUCAUGAUCGAUUAGCAGUAGAUAUGGCCUCAAUUGAAUGGGCACAUAAUAACAAACAGGUGCCAAAAUCCGUGUGCAGUGAGAGCUGUCCCCCUGGUACAAGGAAAGCUGUACAGAAAGGAAAACCCAUCUGCUGUUUUGACUGCAUACCAUGUGCUGACGGAGAGAUCAGUAAUAUGACAGAUUCCAUUGAAUGUCAUCAGUGCUAUCAGGAGUACUGGUCAAAUCCUAAGAGAGAUCAAUGUAUCAAGAAGGAAAUUGAAUAUUUGUCCUACAAAGAAACAAUGGGAAUUUUGCUAACAGCUGUUUCUAUUAUUGGUGCGUUUAUGACAAUGGUAAUAGCAAUCAUAUUAUUUAGACAUAAAAAUACACCAAUAGUCAAGGCCAACAACUCUGAGCUGAGCUUCUUGCUGCUCUUCUCUCUGACUCUGUGUUUCCUCUGUUCACUUACUUUCAUUGGUCAGCCCUCUGAGUGGUCCUGUAUGCUGCAACACACAGCGUUUGGGAUUACCUUCGUCCUCUGCAUCUCCUGUGUUCUGGGAAAAACAUUAGUGGUGUUAAUGGCCUUCAGGGCUACACUUCCAGGCAGUAAUGUCAUGAAAUGGUUCGGGCCUCCACAACAAAGACUCAGUGUUAUAACUUUCACUCUCAUACAAGUCAUUAUUUGUGUGGUUUGGUUGACAAUAUCUCCUCCUUUUCCCUUUAAAAACCUUAAGAGCUACAAGGAAAAGAUUAUUUUGGAAUGUAAUUUAGGCUCAACUGUCGGUUUCUGGGCUGUGCUGGGCUAUAUAGGUUUUUUGGCUAUUUUCUGCUUUGUUUUGGCAUUCCUGGCACGGAAGUUGCCUGAUAAUUUCAAUGAAGCCAAAUUCAUUACAUUCAGCAUGCUCAUAUUCUGUGCAGUUUGGAUCACUUUUAUUCCUGCUUAUGUCAGCUCUCCUGGAAAAUUCACUGUAGCUGUGGAGAUAUUUGCCAUUUUAGCCUCAAGCUUUGGCUUAUUAUUCUGUAUAUUCCUUCCAAAGUGUUAUAUAAUCAUACUGAAACCUGAGAAGAAUACUAAAAAGCAACUGAUGGGCAAAGUGUAA